AUGAGAAGAGAAGCAUUGGAUCUAUACUGCCCUUUUCUCUCCAAUCAAGCAGAAUCAUUGAUAAAACUUUACAUCCAGUAUACUUGUCUGGUAAAGCAAACAGAAACUCAACGACCGGUUCAUCUUAACACACAUUCUAAAUAUUAUCAUUGUGCGAUGACAGAUUCACAAGUGCCAAUUAGAGAGAGAAUGGAGGCCUUAGUGCGCCGGAAACAGCAAGAAAUUACCAAGGGUCUGGAAACUUUGGAUACUGUAAAGUUUCAAGCCGAUUCUUGGGAUCGUGGCAACAACGGUGGUGGCGGUGUCUCGAUGGUGUUGCAGAAUGGUACUACGUUUGAGAAAGGUGGUGUUAAUGUCAGUGUGGUUCAUGGGAACUUGAGUCCACCUGCUAUCAAGGCUAUGAAAGCGGACCACAAAAAUUUGCAUCUGCCUAUUGAUCCUGCAACUGGUGAACCAGAUGCAACAGGAGUAAAAUUCUUCGCCUGUGGUCUCUCUAUGGUUAUUCAUCCAAUUAAUCCACAUGCGCCAACCACCCAUUUGAAUUAUAGGUAUUUCGAAACCUGGAAUGCGGACGGUACACCACAAGCUUGGUGGUUCGGUGGUGGUGCUGAUUUAACUCCUUCUUAUUUGUACGAGGAAGACGCUAAAUUGUUCCAUCAAUUGCACAAGGAUGCUUUGGACAAAACGGACGUUGCCUUGUACCCAAAAUACAAGAAAUGGUGCGAUGAGUAUUUCUAUAUCAAACACAGAGAAGAAACCAGAGGUAUCGGUGGUAUUUUCUUUGAUGAUGUCGAUGAUCGUGAUCCAAACGAAAUCUUGCAAAUGGUUGAAAACUGUUUUGAUGCCUUCUUGCCAUCUUACCUCGAAAUCAUCAAAAGAAGAAAGGAUAUGCCUUACACUGAAGAAGAAAGACAAUGGCAACAAAUUAGACGUGGCAGAUACGUUGAAUUCAACCUAGUCCUUGACAGAGGUACUCAAUUCGGUUUAAGAACUCCAGGAUCCCGUGUCGAAAGUAUUUUGAUGUCUUUGCCUGUGACUGCUUCGUGGUUGUAUGACCAUCAUCCUGAAGUAGACUCUAGAGAAGAUAAAUUACUCCAAGUAUUGAAGAACCCUGUUGAAUGGGUUUGA